CAUUAUUCGAACAGUGCACAAUGACCAACAGCACAGCGAACAGCAUGGCCACAAUAUCUUCGAUCAUGAUGACUUCGGCUGCCAGCUCGGAUACAAUGUCCGAAAUAUCAGAUUCUGGUACAGGGACAUCGGGCAGGAGUUAUAGCGACAGCCGAGAAGAAAUGCAUCAAUUAGCGACUUCUUUAGGAUUAGAAUCAGCCGAUGAUUUGGCCAAGGAACGAUUCAAAGUCGACAGAAAAAAACUUGAGGCCAUGUUGCACUGUGAUGGCGAGGACGGAAUAACAGCAGUCAACUUUUUUCAAAAAGUAAUGACUGACACAAGAACACUAAUUUUGUGGCCAACUAGACUGAAAAUCGGAGCAAAAUCAAAAAAAGACCCACAUGUUCGAAUCGCAGGACUCCCAGAAGAUGUUAAGGCAGCUAAAAUGCAAGUGAUGAGUGUAUUGGAUGAUCGAAGCAAUCGUGUGACUAUGAAGCUAGAUCUUAGUUAUACUGAUCACUCGCAUAUUAUCGGUCGUGGUGGUCUGACCAUUAAACAAGUGAUGGAGAACACAGGUUGUCAUAUACACUUUCCAGAUUCAAACAGAACAAGUUUAUUAGAAAAAAGUAAUCAAGUUUCAAUUGCUGGCAAUUGUAAUGCUGUAGAACGGGCUAGAGCUCGAGUUCGAGAAUUGACUCCAUUAAUAUUUUGUUUUGACUGGCCUAACAUUGGAACCGUUCAAAAUUAUCAAGAUCCAUCUAGUCAAUUCCCAUACAUUGGUUCUAUUCAAGAAAAUUUUAAUGUUCAUGUUAUGUUUCGUACUAGACCCAAGCUUCAUUCAACUAUGGUUAUGGUUAAAGGACAUGAAUGGGAUGUCGUGAGAGUGAAAGAAGCUACUAUGCAACUUAUAACUCAUAUGUGUGGAAAUCUUGCAAAUCAAGUUUUAAUACUUAUGGUUAUGGAAAUAUCUCCUCAACAUCAUAAAAUAGUAAUGGGGCCGGGGAAUGAAACACUUAGAGCUAUCACUCGCCGAACUGGAGCUCAAAUAUUGUUCCCUGAUGCUAAGGAUCCAAAUAUACCUUCUAUUAAAAAAAGCAGUGUUACCAUUACUGGUCAUAUACAUAAUGUCUAUGCAGCUCGUCAAAUGCUUAUUGGUUCAUUACCAUUGCUUCUUAUGUUUGACAUUCCGCAAGACGAAAUGGUACUAACCCAUGAACAAAUUGACAGUGUAAUGCAACGUUUAGACAUUUAUAUAUCACUUCGACAUAAAGCUAGUCAAAAUAUAUAUACAGUUUCAAUAAAAGGCUUUGAAAGAUCUGUAGGUAACAUUUAUGAAGGUAGAAAGUGUUUACUAGGUGGUACUGGAGAAAUAAUAUCACCAAGUAUACCAAAUACAUAUAAUGUGUCAAAUGAAAAUCCAUCAUUUUUAAUUUCCAAUGGAGAAUUUUUCAGUGGAAAUAGAUAUUCAAAUAAAUCUUUUAACAAUUUAGGUGGAUUUAAUAAUUUCACAAAUUUCCCUGGAUCAAUUUCUUCAUCAUGUCAAAAUAGUGUAAUCAAUUUACCCUUGGUAAACAAUCAUGGAAAUAUUUCUCAGAUUAAUGUUUUGGGUCCAAGAAUACAACAGUUAUCUAACGAUAUAAAAAUGGACAAUUUAUCAACUAAUAACAAUCACAUUGGAAAAUCAACAUUUAAUUAUAUUCAAGACUCAAAUACUUCUCCAAAUCAAAGUUUGUUGUCAUCAUGUAAUGAAUUGGAUUUAGAAAUCUUUGAAAAUCGUGCACCUGGUUUUCGAAGACAGCCGAUUACUUAUGAUUACCAUAAUUUACGAGUUGCUGCAACACAAGUGUCUCAAACAAAACCAAAUAGAUCAGAAAUAAGAGUUCCGACAUCUGUAUGGUCUGGUUAUGGUUUUAGUCAAUCAAGUCCUUCAGCAGUUUUAAAAGGACAACGAGAUAAUGAGUUAAAUAUAUGGAGUAACUCUACACCAGAAAUAAAUAAUGAUACGUCUGAACUGGCAUCAAUGGAAAUGAGUAACCAUCUUGACUCUACACCUACAUCGACUGUGUCUAAAAUCACAUCUUCUUCAUUUGCUGAUUUACCAUCUCAUUUGGCAAUUCUUGGUUUAGAUAAAUAUAUAAAUUUAUUUAAAUCUCAUGAAAUUGAUUGGACUACUUUCAAGACAUUGACAGAAAGUGACCUACGUGAAAUUGGUGUUACAGCCUUAGGCGCCAGAAGAAAAAUAUUAUUAUCUAUAGCUGAAUUAAAUAAAAGGUGUCCAGUUGGUGGAUUAUUUGGUAUUAGUCCAGCCCCAGGAGCAGAAAGAAAAAGUCCUGCAUCAAAUAAUAGUCCAUCAGACACAUGGUAAAUUAACAAAAAUAUUAACUGUAUGUUACAAAACUUCAUAUAAUUUUUUGCUGUCAAAAAUUAUAAAUU